AUGGCUGCUUACUCUUUCAACAACAACUUUUCAUCCGGGAAUUGUUAUUCUGGUAUCUUUGAUCCAUUUUCACGCGAUUUGGGUCUAUGCAAUGAAAGCUCCCAUGGUGGGUCUUUGUCGGUGCCGGUGCCACAGUCCUUGGUUUUGGAUCAUGAGAAAGGAGAGCUGGUGAAGGCGCCGGUGGAAUUAAAGAAGAAAAGCGUUUCUGAAGAGAAAAUUAUAGCGGCUUUGAAGAAUCAUAGCGAGGCAGAGAGGAGGAGGAGAGAAAGGAUCAAUGCUCAUCUUGAUACGCUCCGCACCCUUUUGCCCUGCAGACAAAAGAUGGAUAAAGCGACAUUACUUGGUGAAGUAAUUAAGCAAUUGAAAGAACUUAAGAAGAAUGCAACUGAAGCCAGCAAAGGUUUACUUGUUCCAAUGGAUGACGAUGAUGAGGUGAGAGUUGAACCAUGUAAUGUCAACGAAGCUGACGGGACGUUUUCUUUCAAAGCAUUAAUCUGUUGUGAUUAUAGACCUCAACUUCUGACUGACCUAGGACAAGCUCUUGAUGCACUUCCCCUUCCAAUUACGAUUGUCAAGUCAGAAAUAUCUACGUUGGGAAGUCGGUUGAAGACUGAUUUUAUUUUCACUGCCAGCUACAGAAGCACUAGCAGUGUUGCAAAUGUUGGCAACGAUGAUGAUGGUACCGAUGCACGGCGUUUUCUUGCAUGUUCCAUCCGGAAGGCCCUGAAUUCUGUCGUGGAGAAGGCUUCUAUUUCACCGGAACACUCCCCAUUGUUGACAUUCCCGAACAAGAGGCGAAGGAUCUCCUACAUUGAUACCUCAAGCUCAUCUUGAUUUUCCAAAAAAAAGAUUAGACUUUUCUACGUUUGGGGUAAAUGGACGACACAUCCAUUUAUCUGUGUAUGGAUGUUUGUCUGAUAUGCCCAAAUAUUGGUUUGAAAUCAAUACUAUAAAUAGCAUGUAAUUGUUUUCAGAAGACCAGAACGUUUUCAAAUGGCUUGUAAUAAAACUGUAUUACCACUCGAUGUAUGUAUACUCUUAUCAUCUAAAAUUCAAGUUAUUUUUAUAGAUUCCAUAUAAAAUAAGAA